AUGUCGUCAGCACCUUUCACCAUUCAACUCCUCGGUCCCAUCAAACAGGAUGGAGCUAACCAUUCAAUCGACAAGCUCGAUCCGUACCUGAACCUCUUUCCAGCAUCCUAUUGCACACAAUCCCACGAUUUGGCAUCGCCAAGCGACAACUAUACUGCUUUAAUCGCAUCAGAACUCGAUAUACAGCGUCUGAACCGAAUACACCGAUGGCUCUGGGUAGCAGGUACCGCUGUGCCUGCCCGGUCGCUCCAUGAUCAACUCUCCCGGGGUCGAGAGGUUGUCAUUACAGAGGCGAUGGAUAUGCACCUUGUGUGGACAACGGGAAAGGUCUACAUCAAACCACUUCCUCGCUUUCUGCUUGAGCCGACUAUUUGGACAGAGUACCUGUGCUGUCAAGACACCUGCAAGUGCAUCAGCCGACUCGAUUACAAUAAUGGCCAGCCCAUGGAAUGUGAGCGACGGAAGCUAUACAAAGUCGCUCUCGGAUUUCUCUACUCUUAUGCCGCUCUCAUCCGUCACGAGAGUGACUUUCUUCUCGCCAAGGACAGAUAUCUUCUGCCUAGCUGUGGUAUAUCUUGGUUCAACUGGAUUGCUUUUGUCAAACAACUCGACACAGAACAUAUCUACCCGGACAUCAACCCACGAUUCCACCACAAAGAGCUGCGACUCAGUAGGCUGAACUACAUUUACUACUUUACCCAACUCAGCCCGGCGGGAUUCUUACGACGGUGGGACCGAUACUCAACCUUCUUCCACAUGAACCUUGGUUGGCUGGCGGCUACAACUGUUUACAUAGCUGUCGUUCUCACUGCCAUGCAAGUUGGACUUGCUACUGAAACACUGGCUAAAAAUAGCACUUUCCAGUCUGCGUCGUAUGGCUUCACUGUCUUCUCAAUUCUCGGGCCAUUGGUGUGUGUUGGUCUGAUCGUUGUGGCGUUUGUAUGCAUGUUGGUAUUUAACACGUCGCAUACGAUUGCUCAGAUGAGGAAGCGAGAAGGGCAUUUCGGAACACAGCGUGAAAAUCGGGGAACUAGCUAA